CGGAAGCACAGAGCUGCCAGCUUGAUUUGUUUUGUUUCCGUAGUAGGAGUUCAAUAAGAGACGUCGAGGCAGGCGGUGAGGUCCGUGCGGGCGAGGACCCGCUUACUAAAUGGGGAGAGCCAUAUCGGGGAUGGAAGAUGACGAACCGAUAGCUGACGCCUGUAAAAUGCCGACUUUCACCGGCAGCUUCGAGGAGGGGAGAGGGAAAUUGUCCCGCAACCUGCCGACGGAAACUUCCUUCACGGACGGGAAAGUUGAGCGACCGGUCAGAGAUUUGAGCCGCCGGGUCAUCAGGUCAGACUCCAGGGCGUCGCUGGACGGAGACGAGGGAGACAAGGAGGAGAAGAGAAGCGAGGAACAGGAGGAGGAGGAGGAGGAUGCGAAGGGCAACAACAACAACAACUGCAACGGCGGCGGAGGAGGAGAGAGGAGGAGGAGGGCGAGCGCUGUGGAGAUUUUGAGGAGGAAUUUCGGGGUUUCUAAGUCUCACUCUCUUUGUCUGAACACGAAUCCUCGGAUGUAUCACAGCACCGAGCAUGGACCACUCGAAGGAGCCGGUGACACAAGCGUUAAACACGGGGGUGGAAGCGAAGGCUGUAGAAAGUCGGAGUGUGAAUCUGGCGACGCGGGGACGGAAAACGAGCCAACCCUGAGUGACUUGACGACUUUGGACGCACAGGGAGGUGAAGUUGUUUCUGCUACAGGUCAGUGCCGACAUAAGGGUGACAGUGAGGACAAAACAGACGAGUUUGUUAAUGAUGAAGAGCAUAUCUACUGCACUGUUUACUGUAUCGCCAACGACAAACACCGGAGAGACGCUGAAAUCACAGACGAUGAUGACACAGCUCCAGAGACAGACUCAGAAACAGGGCACGACAUGGGUGGUGACAUUUCCGAACCGGUGUUCUACACAUUGGACGACCUGGUGGAUCCAUUCGGGGAUAUUGCCCACCACAGGCUGUCUACGGUGCUGUCCGCUGCAGAUGCUACAAUGAAGAGCUGCCAGGUGUGCCUGGAAGUGAAAUCCAUCGUACCCCUGCCCUGCUGCAGGAAGCCCGUGUGUGAUGAGUGUCUGAAGCUCUACGUCAGCCCCCAGGUGCGAAUAGCCAAAUCUUUCAUCGUCUGCCCGAUCCAUGAGUGUAGCGGCUACCUGGACGAGGCGCUAGUGGUUUCACAUUUGGCUGCUGAAGAACUGGCAAAGUAUCGAUACUUUCUGGAGCUUAGUCAGCUAGACUCAAGCACCAAACCAUGCCCUAAGUGCAGCCAGUUCACCUCUCUGAAGGAGCAAAACCACAACCGCUCCGAGCACAAAUACAAGAUCCAGUGUAGCAAUUGCCAGUUUGUGUGGUGCUUUAAAUGCCAUGCACCAUGGCAUAACGGGCUCAAAUGCCGGGAGUACAGGAAAGAAGACAAGCUGCUACGAACCUGGGCCAAUGUCGUAGAGCAUGGACAAAGAAACGCCCAGAAAUGUCCAAGGUGCAAGAUUCAUAUCCAGCGUACAGAGGGAUGUGACCACAUGACAUGUACACAGUGUAACACUAACUUCUGUUACCGCUGUGGGGAGCGCUACAGACACCUACGGUUUUUUGGGGACCAUACAUCCAACCUCAGCGUGUUUGGAUGCAAGUUCCGCUAUCUACCUGAUAAACCUCAUCUGAGAAGGCUUAUCAGAGGGUCUGUGUGUGCUACCAAGGUGCUGAUAGCUCCAGUGGUCAUCCUGCUGGUCGUGGUGCUCGGAGCCCUUGCACUGGUCAUAGGUUUGGUCGUGUUCCCAGUCUACUAUGUCUGUAAAAGGAGGAAGAAGCAGCGUACUCAGGGCUCAGGACGCUGGAUCUGAAACCUGCCCUGCACUCCAUCCAGACCACGCACACAAAAACACCCACUGCUGAAAGGGCGAUGCCCACAUCUCCUCAGGGACGAACAAGCCAGCCUGAGUCACCGGGACAUAAGCAGCCCGCAAUUAGGGAAGAACGCAAACCGAUGGAGUGAUGCCUGGUUGAUUGCACAUCAUCACGUUUAGAGAGUUUACAUCUGCUUCAGAAGGAAUCAUUUUCAACCAGAGAAGGAAAAAAUUAUAAUUUCUCAGCCAUCAGAUAUUUGAAGCAGGUUUCAAUCAAUUGUCUCUUAUUUAAUAACAGCUGUCUUUCAGGUAAACACACACAGGUAACACACACAUGCAGUUUUGUUUUCACUGUGCUUGAAAAAUUGUUAUAGAGCAAACUGUGAAGCUUGCAGGUUCGCCUGAAACAACGACAAACAAUACACCAAUUGUCUGACAAGGACAGGUGUCAAAGGACAGGAGGAGCACACUUGUACACGAGCAAAAGUGAAACAAAUGAGAGGAAAUACUUUUAUCUUCACAUGGAAAUUCCGCAAAAGCUUUUUUUUUUUUUUUGCUGCAAGUAAAAAGUGCAAGACAGAAACUGAAUCUGGAGCAAGCCAUGAUGUAAAAGAAACUGCGUUCUCAGAGGUGCAACAUAUCUGGACAAUAGAUUUGUUUAUCUUCCUUAGACUCAAUUUUUUCCUGAUAUUGAAAAUUCAGGACACUUCUCAAAACGAAGGACUAAAAAGGAACAUUAGGUUGAUACCUGUGUGAUCUAACCUUUAUAAAUUUGCUUCACGUUUUUUGCAAGGAGAAUCAAAAGUUACUGCCCUAUUAGUGACACUUUAUUUUAAAAUCCACCUCCUCUUUUCAACCAGGGGUUCCUGAUUCCUAACGCAACUAACCCCCCUGACUCUCAAAUCAAAUAUUGGAAAAGCCAAGUUGAAUUUUAACAAGCCUCCCAACAAAUUCUACCACCCUCCCUCCCAUGUGUCUCUGUUGUCCUCCCUUUCCUUUGCCCUGCUUUCUGCCUGCCAGGCUGGCUGGCUGGCUGGCUGGAUGAUGGCUAACACAUUCUCCCGCCCAGCAUGUUGUCUGUGCUCUGCCCACGUACUGUUUGCCAGUGUCUGCAUCAUCAAAAAAAAAAAAAAAAAACUGAGCUGCUGUGCGGUAACGGUGCCAAAACAAAUCGCUGAAUGUGGCAGGACGGUCCUGUCCCUUUGUUCGAUUUUUUUGUUAUUGUCUUUUUUUGUGGUUGCCAGCUGCAGAGGAUUGGGGGGGUAAUGCUGUCAUUGUGGGGGAGUCUGCAUAAAGAAAUGAACUUUGAUGCUUGUAGGAGUAAUAUGCAUUAGAUAACUAAAUUGCUGAUACAAAACUGGCUGAGCAUGCUAAUACAAAUAGUAUGUGUGGAUAAAAAAAAGAAGAGGAUUCAAGAUUUUUCUGUUUCAUGUAGUCUGGGUGAGGGCCUGUUUAUGAGCUUGACUUUAAAGAAAUAGGGUCAGAGGUUAUCAUCAGGUCGAUGUGCACUAAAUGAGGUGGAUUCAGUUUCCGGUUUUGAUUUUAUGCGAUCAGGUUUUCAGGAUUCUUGCAGAGAGUGUGUUUUUUGUCCUAAUUUUGCGGUGACUUAGAAGACUGAGAAAUGAGUUUUAACACACACAUACCCUACAAGGUCAUUCACACCUGCACAUGCCACAAGAAAGCACACGCAUGAAGAGCUGCCUGGAGAUUUUUAAGGUCGUCACCUGGCAGCAGCAACCAGCUCGCUGUCCUCGUCUUAUCCCUCACUCCUGCACUCCCUGCUGUCCCUCCUCACCGAACAUCCGCCUAAAGACAGAAAUCAUCUGCAGAAGAUGCCUCCGUCAAGUACAGGUGGAUUUCACGUCACUCAUGGAGGAUUUUUUUCUCACCAGUACAUCAAGAGCUUUUUGUUUCAUUGCUCCAUCAUGAGAGUGUGAAGAACUUUGAGGCUCAAGGAAGGCAAACAGAAAGACGAGGAAGAGCACCAAUUAACUGCACAUAAGAGAUGUUGGGGUGAGAAAACAAAAUGUGGUUUUGUUAAACGUAUAUUUCAAAGAGGGGAAAUAUCUCCAUGAGAAACUCUUUAAAAUAGUCUCUGAAUUUAUCCUAAGUUUGACCUCUAAUUUCCUCACUAAAACAAAACCUGGGUUUUAAGCAGGGUUCAUGUUCAUGCAUGUUGGAACAUUUUGCAGUACAAUGCCACAAGCUUGGCUUCUUUGCCCCAAGGAUCUGAAAUACUUUCUACAUCUGGGAAUCAAUAAUCACUAACCUUUCCGGAAUGCUAUACAGACAAUAUGUUACACAGUGCUCUCGGUUGGUCCUGACUCCGGGUUUGAAUCCACUCUCAGGGAGUUUGUUUUCUCUCUUUUUCUACCCAGAGUCCUCCAUCCACAUAAACACAGAAAUCACUGAAUCGCUUCCUGAUGCCAAGUGCUGCUUAGCAACCAUGUUUAAACCUAGAGAGUCUUCACACUGUUGCAUCAAAAGAAAAAAAUAAUCUCACAGAUGCACACACUGUCUAUGUUUCAGCCUGACCCAACGCUGCGUGAGGGUUAGGGAUCAGAUCUGGAGAGGGUAAAUUAAAUCACUGGGUAUUUUAAUGAAUUUGCCAAAUGAGACAUUAAAACUACUUAACAAUC